GAACCUGCAUUUAAUUGAAACUUCAUGAACAAAUAUAAACCCUAAAUUUUCGAAAAAAGAAAAAAAAACAAAAAAAUUAUUACCUGAAGUUAAUGUAGUAAGAUGACAGACUUAAUUGGUAGUACAAACUUGAAAUUUGAUGAGAUUAAGUGAACGAUUGAAGUUGAUUUUAAUGGUGGAAAGAAGAGGGAUAUUUUCAUGGGUUAUUAGGGCUCUCAACGAAGUAAAGUGAAAUGAGAAAGAAGGAGUUUCUAUAGAAAUUUAGAACGCAUGAAGUCGCUGUUAGUAACAGCGACUUAAUAGUUUGACCAGUCAACCAUUAAGUCGCUGUUAGUAAGAGCGACAUAUCUCUUGACUAAAUUUUUGACCAUUUCUCUUAUUUCGCUGUUAGUAAGUGCGAGUAUACACCAAGCCUAGGUUUGGAGGUAAGAACGCUUAUUUUGGGAAUAAAGUUUGAACGAAGCUUUUUUUUGAAUAAAGUUGUUAAAUAAUCUUAUUUUUUUCAAAUACUCGCCAUGUGUUAUCUUACUAAAUACUCCAUAAAACUCCCAUUACAUUAAAUAUUGUUGAAGAUUGUUUAGGAGGAUACUUGGGAAAUUUUAGUUAUGCUUUUCUUUUCCGGCUAUCUUUUAGUUGUACAAAUUUUUAGGAUAUUGGUUAACUUAUUCUAAUCUAAUUGUAUAAAAGGCAUGAAGCCUAUGUACUCUCGGCAUAAUAGAAUAUACAAACACAUAAUUCAUUUCACCAUUGUUAUAUUUUAAUAUGGUAUCAGAGCGGUUUUAAAUUGAUCUAAUUAAUUUUUAUCGGGCUAUUCGCUUUUGCGUCCCAAAACAAUGAGGGAUGAUAGAAAUAGACAGGUGAAAAUUCUACCAAUUUGUUCCAUUAUUAUAUCUUGGUAAGGUGAGUCGAAUACUCAUCUAUAUAUGUCUACUACACCAACUUAACCGUCAUCUUUCUAUAUCAUCUAAUCCAAUUCAAUAUUAAUAUUUUUUUAAUCAAAUGUUUCAAGUGAUGAUUUAGGCAAACUCGAACUAAGAUUCUCCCUACAUCAGGUAAUCAUUAACACAAGCCCAUUGGGGUUGACUUUUCCCUCUCAAUCAUUGUUUAUCCUUUCAUCAUUAAAGGGAACAGAUAGUCUUACAAUAAACUUGUGUCAAGAUCUGUCAUCAUAAACAAAUGGCAUUAUUGACAGAAAUUGAUAUUCUGAAAACACUAGUGAGCUUAGUAUUUGUUGCAAUCUUAAUCUUAAUUACAAACUGGUUAUGGGUGAUACCCAAAAAACAGGAGAAAUUUCUCAGACGACAAGGUACACCUGGUACUUCGUACAACUUCUUGUUUGGAGACAUGAAAAAACACUUCUCCAUGAGAACUUCAGCAUUACAAAAACCCAUGAAUUCCUUCACCCAUGAGUAUUUUCAGCGUAUUGAACCUUUUGGCUAUCAAAAUUCCGUCAGAUUUGGAAAGGUCUUCUUCGUUUGGGUUGGUCCUAUGCCUGUGAUAUCAAUCUCAAAGCCAGAAUUAAUCAAAGAGGCCUUCACAAAUAUGCAUGAUUUCCAAAAAGCAAAGUUCAGCCCUAUUUUUGACAAGCUUUUUCCAGGUCUAGUUAGCUAUGAGGGUCAGAAAUGGGCACAACAUCGGAAAAUCAUUAAUCCUGCCUUCCAUACAGAAAAGUUAAAGCUUAUGCUGUCAGCAUUCUGUGAUAGUUGUGCUGAAAUGAUCAAUAAAUGGGAAAUGACAGUAGCUGAAACAGAAUCCGGGGAGCUAGAUGUGUGGCCAGAUAUAAAGAAACUCACAGCAGAUGUGAUCUCUCGAGCAGCGUUUGGUAGUAGCUUUAAGGACGGACAAAAGAUAUUCGAACUUCUGAAAGAACAAACUGAAUUGGUUAAUAAUAUGAUUCACUCAAUUGCUAUCCCAGGAUAUAGAUUCCUACCUGCACCCAAAAAUAGGAGAUUUAAGAAGCUAGAAGAUCGAAUUAAUAUUUUAAUACGUGCACUUAUCAAUAAGAGAAAUGAGGAAAUUGAGGCGGGAGAAGAAGUGAAGACGGACUUGUUGGGUAUACUCAUGGAUUCCAAUCUAAAUGAAAUUCGACAAGCUGUUGGCAAGAACAAUGAUCGACAAGUAGGGAUGAGUCUCGAAGAAGUAAUCGAAGAGUGUAAACUAUUCUACUUGGCGGGACAUGAAACUACUUCGACAUUGUUAGUAUGGACAUUGAUUUUGUUGAGCAAGCAUCAAGAUUGGCAAGCACGAGCACGAGAAGAAGUUAUUCAAACAUUCGGAGAUAAUGUACCAGAUUUCGAAGGUUUAAGGCAUUUGAAGAUAGUUACAAUUAUACUUUACGAGGUCCUGAGGCUGUACCCACCGGUAAUUCAAAUGGCACGAAGGAUAUAUAAGGAUACCGAUCUAGGUGAGCUCUCACUUCCCUCAAGAUCAUUGAUCUUUUUCCCGGUAAUUUUGGUUCACCGCGAUAAGGAACUUUGGGGAGACGAUGCCCACGAGUUCAAGCCAGAGAGGUUCUCUGAAGGGAUCUCCAAGGCAACAAAAGGAAAUAGCUCAUUUUUUCCGUUUGGAAUGGGGCCAAGAAUAUGCAUAGGGGAAAGGUUUUCCAUGACAGAAGCUAAAAUUGCUUUAACAAUGAUUUUACAACAGUUUUGGUUUGAGCUUUCAGCAUCCUAUACUCAUGCACCCAUAAAUGUUCUGUUUCUGCAACCUCAACAUGGGGCUCCGAUAAUCCUACACAAGCUUUGAUGAUACGAAACGAGAGAGUAUAUCUGGUGUAUGCUAAAUAAAGAAUGAGUUGAGAAUGCUUUCUUCUUAACUAGGUCUGCCAAAUGCUUGUUCUUCAUACACCUCUCUAGGAUAGAAAAUUCCAUUAUCUCGUAAAAACGUCUAGCAAUUUUAGAUUGUUCAUGAAUUGAGAAUGCUUAUUUUGGCAAAAAUAAUGACCAGAUAAAAUGGCCACUAAGUAGCCGCUAUAUGCCUAUACCGACCACUUUGGUAUGGUUAGAAUACAGUUAUUUAGUCUUGGUCUGGUCGCAAAUUGCGACCAUAUGAGAGAUGUUAGCAAAUUGGUUGCGAUUUGCAAACACCUCCAUCUAGUAGCAACCUGUUCGCAUAAAAAUUAUAAAAAAAUUUAAUCAAGCUUGUCCCUUAACUCGUCCGCAAAUGUCUUUUUCAAAACUCAUUUCCGAUACUAAUUUUCCUUAAUCAUAAAACUUUCUAAUGCUAUAAAACAAUUGCAAGAGUGAGGAAUCGAACUUCCGCAACAAAGGUAACAAACAACAUUUCAAACUACUAAGCCACAAACUAUUUAAUUGUUUUUCUUGUGAACUGUACAUGCAUAUAGACUAAUGACUUAUAUUUAACUGCUUUAUACCUCAUACUUGUGUUUUGAUAUCCCGAGUUGAGUUUAAAAAUGAUUGAUAUACUACUCAUAUAUUAAUAAGGUGCAUCUUUUUUUCAACGAAGCCCGUUUGUUAAGAACUCUAAAGAUAAGUGUACUUGAUGGAGGGCAAUCUUAGAACAUGAGUUGGCCUGCGCGAGUCUAUAGCCACAAAGGGUAAUCAUUAACGGUCCGAUGUAGCCGAGGUGUUAUAUAUACUUUAAUUUUGUUAUUUGCUUAAGUCAUAAUGUAGCAUUAGGCAUAUUAGUAUAGUAUUUGGCAUAUUGGUGCAGUAUUAGUAUAUUAUUAGUCGUAUAGUAAUUAUUAAUAUAUUACUAUUAUAUUAUUAUAUUAGUUGAUUGUAUUAAUAUAUAAUUAGCAUAUGAUAGUCGUCUUAGUGUAG